AUGCGCUCAAACUGUCACUCCCAUUAUCAGAAUUUGGCUUUCAAUCCUUGGUCAUAUAGAGUUGACAAAGAGGCCGUUGAUCUUCCUCGAAAAGCGCUAACGCCAUGUUUGCGCAGUUGUUCACAACUCUGUUCUCUAUCCCCUCAUGUGUCGGCACCUGUGGAGGUCCCUAUUGGCCCUACUGUUAGUUAUCAACGUUUGGAGAAAGAUGACGCAAAAGAAACAGCUAUAAAAUCAAAAUCGCCAAUGCCAAUUUUAGAAUGCUAUGGAAGCUGUGCUAAUAACAGAAAGGAUGGUCCGUACUGCGACAAAUUGCUUCGACAAAUUCUGAAGACCAUACCUAUCCCCACAAAAUGCGUUAAUUGGGUAGCGUUCUUGGAUGCAAGAUAUUUUGCGUCUGAAUUGUCUUUGCCGGUGAACAAACGAUCAAUGGUCAGAGAUUACUGUCCAGUAAGUUGCAAUUAUUGUGGAACAUUGGCUCCCAUGUCCUCCACUAGCAAGGUGAGUUUUGAUUUAAUUGUUUCUGCUGGAUAG